AUGAGCUAUAACAUUGGACCUGGACAAACGAUGGCCGAAAUAUACAGAAGAGUAAUCAAUGAGGUGAUCGCACAGAUGAAAGAAACAUUUUUGGAUGAGAAUGUGGACGUUGAUGUUCUUCAGCAAUUGAAACGGGAUUGGGAGAAUCGUGUUCGUGACUCGGGUGCCGUCGAUUUGGACGGAAAAGGUCCCAUUAUGCAGAAUCUUCCACCACUUCGUGCAAGUCAAGGACAGAUUCCUCGAUCGUCUUUCCAGCAACAAACUCUUUACGUUCAACUACCUACUACUACAAAACGUCUUCAUCAAUUGGAUGGAAAUAUCAUGACAGAUAGCUCAAGUGAAGACGAGGAGAUUGAGAAUGAUGAUCCAUUGCAUCAUAUUACUGAAAAGGGUGAUGACGAUGGAGAACAAGAAGGACAGGUGAACGAAGAGCCGCCUCUUAAUUCGGACGACGAUCAAUCGGAUGACGAGGAUAUUGAGACACUUUUUGCUGCUGAGAACGUUGUUGUUUGUCAAUUUGAAAAGGUUGGUCGCAAUCGUCAGAAUUGGAAGUUUAAUCUGAAGGAUGGAAUCAUGCACAUCAAUGGCCGUGACUAUUGCUUCCAAAAAUGCACCGGUGAAGCCGAAUGG